UUGGGCCGGUACCGACUGCCAGCCUGCGGCAAUUUCCCUGUGUCAUGGCUCCGGUCUCUUAGCAACAGCGACCAGUCCGGCCGCCCGGAGCCGCGCACCGCCUCGGGCUCCACUCCACCCGGCGGAGCCCGGCGCGCCGCAGCCACACAAAGAGGCGCUGGGCGGCCGGGGCGCGCGGCGGGCGGCGGGCGGCGGCGGGAAGACGGCUCGCAGGCGGGAUGCAGCGGGAGGAGGACCUGACACUUCUGGGAAACUCUUGGAAAUGGCUCCCGCCAGGGCACCCGAGGGGGCUGCGAGCCUGGGGCGGGCGCUCGCCCCCGCGGGGCUGCUGAGCCGCGCUCGGAGGCCGGGCCCGCGGCGCCGUCCCUGCGCUCGGCGGCCGGCUCGGACGGAAAAAGUUUCUCCAUGGUUCCUUUGUGUCGCCCGGGCGCUCGAUCGCCGGCCCUGAGCCGCCCCGGCCUUCCUGGCAGGAGGAGGUGGCGGAGCAGCUAGCGGGCAGCGGGCGCGCCCCCUGCGCAAGCCUCCGCCCCCGGGGCUAGCCCCGCACUCCACCGGCGCGCCAUGAUCGCCACCGGCGGCCUGCUGAGGAUUUCCGCCCGGAAGCAGGAUCCCCUCCGCCCUCCCAGCCAGGUUCCCAAGCGCAAGCGGAAAGUCCAGAAGAGGCGCAAGAACGACGUGGUGGUGGUGAAGGGCAAGCUGAAGCUGUGCUCCAUCUCGGGGCUCAUCGCCCUCUGCGGGAUCCUGGUGCUGCUGGUGGGCAUCGCCAUGGCCGUCGUGGGUUACUGGCCCAAGGCCAACGGGGCCAGUCGGGAGGGGGGCAAACAGCUGCCGCCCGCCAGCAGCGGCCACCGCGCCCCCACCGCGGCCAACAGCAGCAGCGGCGGCAGCAAAAGCCGGUCCAAGGGCCCCCCGGGGCCGGUGAGGGGUGCCAACGCCAGUUCCGCCGGCGCGCCCGGGAGCACGCCUCCCGUGCGCGCCGCCGCCCCUUCUCCGCCCUCCUCCACGUCCGUGGGCUUCUUCUUCCGCGUCUUCUCGGGCUACCUGAACUCGGACAAGCUCAAGGUCUUCGGGCCCCUCAUCAUGGGCAUCGGCAUCUUCCUCUUCAUCUGCGCCAACGCGGUGCUGCACGAGAACCGCGACAAGAAGACCAAAAUCAUCAACCUGCGGGACCUGUACUCCACGGUCAUCGACGUGCACAGCCUGCGCGCCAAAGACCUGGCCGCCGCCGCCGCCGCCUCGGCGCCCCCCGGGGCCGCCCCCCUCAAUGGCUUCCUCAGCUACGUGCAGGCGCGGGGCCUGGAGCUGAAGCCCGGGAGCGGCGGCGGCGCCGGGGACGCCUUCGGGGCGGCGGCGAUGCUGGCCAGGGGCUCGUGGCCGCACCCCGCCGCGCUCAGCGGGGGCCGCAGGGCCGGGGACUCCGCGUCCCCGCCGGACCCGGCCUCGUCCUCCCGCUGCCCGCGGGAGCCGCCUAGCCUGGCGGAGGCCGUGUACAGCAUCUACCGCGAGCGCUCGGGUGUGGCUGGCCGUCGCCGGGCCGCCGCCGCCGCCGCCGCCGUGGCCGCAGCCGCCACCGCCUCCGCGGCCGCCAGCAGCAGCAGCACCCCGGGGCCCUGCAGCCCCCGCGGGAGCUGGGGGCGCCAGAGCACGGCCAGUUCCCUCCUGGACUCCUCGCUGAGCGCCUUCGCGUUGCUACCCUUGCAAGGGGACCGCGACGGGGACGGGGACUCCGAGGGCGCGAGCUGCAGCUGGCAGAGACCCCCUGGGGAGCGCGGCUCCCGGGAGAUCCCGCGGGGGGAACUGGACCUGAGCUUGACCGACCUCCGCGGCGACCCGGGUGACGCGCGCUGGGCGCCCAGACAGCUGGAGGAGGCCGGGGCGCAGGGCGGCCAGCUGCCCAGGACCGGCAGGCACCGGGCCCUGCGGCGCGGCAGCGCGAGCGGGCGCCCCGACCGCCGGGCGCCUCUGUCCCCGGAGCCCCCGCCCUCCCCGCGCGGCGUGGACCUGGACUCGAGCCUUCUGGCCAACGCUGCCUCCCCUUCGCCCCCCUUGGAACUGGAGGACUCGCCCCCCGCCAGGCUGGGCUCGCCCAGCUCCCAGUCCGAGGACCUAUCCUGCAGCCAUAAAGGCUACAGCCCCCUGCGGGAGGCCGGCACCUCCUUGGAGUCGGUUGUGGACGCAGGAGCCAGUAAAAGUCCAGACUGUGAGGCCACCGCCCCCCAGGGCGCGGAGGUGCUGAGUCCUCCCAAGACCGUCCCGGAUGAUGCCAGUCAAGGGCCACCCAGGGACCAGCCACCCCAGCCAGUGCAGAGGCCGUUUACAAACCAGGAGAAACUCUUCAUGAUUUCCCGGUCUCAGGCCCCGGGGGCAGAGGUCGGAGAACUGGAAAGUACUGGCGAUUAGGGAAAGAGGAGCCAGGAGGAAAGGAGUGAGAAGAUAGGCUCACCCCCUCUUUCCCCGUGGACUUCUGGGAGGGAAUCUUCCAAUACCCAAAGAGCUACAGAAUGCUAUCCUGGAACUGUGUUCACAAGAGUCCUGUAGAUAACUCCAAGCAAUUUUUUUAAAUGCAAACUAGUCUUCUAUGGCCGAUGGUGAUUGUAUGUUCCAUGAAAACCAAAUGUAUUAAAAGGUCAGCAAUCUAGUUCAUUAGAUAAAAUGCUCUUAAUUUUCUUAGGAUCAAAAUAAUAUAUUUUUACAGUAACUGUGCACUUUAGCUUCUUUUCUGAAUCCCUCAUUUCCCUAACCCUGUAUGCUGCUGCUGGUUUUGUCCAUAGCUGCUUGUGAACGACAAGCUUUUUUUCUCCUGCGCUUCCGCGGAUCAUAGGAGGGUUUGAUUCAGUUCUCUGGGAACUGACCUUACUAGGUGAAGUCAAAGCCAAAAGCAUGAGUAUGUCAGGAAAGAGCACUUUCCUUACCCCACCCCCCUCUGCUCACCCAACUGCCCAAAGGCCUCUCUAUUUUUUAAAAGGAUAUUUACAUUUUGCUACUAGGGUUGCUAAUGGAGAGACAGGGGGCCAGAAUCUAGUUGGACUGUUACAUUCUUAAAUUCACUAUAUCAAGUAGUACACAAUACUUUAUUGAGUACCAUCACACCUGUAUUGAAAAUAGCAUUACUAUUAAAAAUCUUUUUUAAUAAAAAAGUUUCCAAACAAACAAAUAUUGCCUCAUUUUGCCUUGGAACUAAUGCUUCUAACACAAACAUUUAACAGUUUGACUGAUAAAUCUAAAAUAUUUUGCUAAGACACAGCUACUAUGAUUGUAGUUAUUGUCCCUAAAGUGCUCAGCGCCAUCAUUACUCAAAUAAUUUCCAGUAUAUUUUUAACUUUUAAAUAGAGAUAAUAUUAACCAUUUAGGAGUUUCUCUUUCAAAAAGAAUUAAGCAUUAAAUAAAUAGUAAUUAUUAAUAAUGCUUCUAGUUCACCUCAAAGUAUUAAUUUACAGAGCGCCAGGCUUAAUAUCCUGUUUCAUCCUCUUGGAGUUGACUAUUUUCAAGUUCAUAAUCUUGUUGUUGUUAAUCCUCACCUGAGGAUAUUUUUUCCAUUGAUUUUUAGAGAGAAUGGAAGGGAAGGAAGAAAGGGGUGAGGAGAGAGAGAGAGAGAGAGAGAGAGAGAGAGAGAGAGAGAGAGAGAGACACCAAUGUGAGAGAUGCAUCAAUUGGUUGCCCCCCACACACACCCUGACCAAGGCAGGGAUCCAACCAAAACCCAGGUAUGUGCCCUUGACUGGGAAUCGAACCUGAGACCCAUCUGUUCAAGGGCUGAUACUCUAAUCAUUGAGUACACCAGCCAGGGCCAAGUUCAUAUUCUUGAAUCCAUGGUCUACAUAGACUAAACGAUAAUGUUAAAAUAAUGUGGUAGGUUUUUUACACUUGAUUUUAUUAAAAGCCAGUGAGUUAAUUUUCAGGAAUGUGAGCUAUUAUUGGGAAUGGUGUCACUGUUCUUCAGCCCCUUGGAUACAAGUUCUGCAGUUGCACACAGCCAAGGCUCUCAUUGCAAGAGAUUAAAAUACUGAUUUUAAAGGAAAAUUCAAAGAUGCGGUCAUGUUGGUCCCAUGGGUGAAGCAGUGAGUCCGGUGCAAAGAAUGGAGAUAUAAGAGUGUGAUGGCCCCCAGCUUUCUGCCUGGGCCUAGCUGCAUAGCUUUGAAAGCCACAGUGCUGAGUCCCAGUCAUUUAUCUAUAAAAUGGAAGAAACUGUACACACCUCAUAGAGCUAUGAGGUGGGGGACAAAGAGUUGUAAGUACAGAGCUGAACAGAACACUUGGCUCAGAGUAUGUACUUAAUAAGUGGUGGUUAUUGCCAUUAUUAUUAUAAUAUGUUGUCUGAAUGCAUGCAGUAGAAGAGUGGGACAUCCCUCAAGUUGAGCUCAAGAAAGCCUCUGCUGAAGUCUAGACUAUCCUCUUAUUCUCUAUAACUUAGUCAAAUCACUUAACCCCUCUGGAUCUCUGGUGGGUGACGUAAUCUCUAUGAAUGCCUUCGGCUCUGAAAGCUUUAUCUAAAUUCAGGGUGUUUGUUUUGUCCAUGAUAUAAUCAUAUCAUAUUUGUACACACAACUUUGCAGUGAAUAUACUUAAUAAACUAUUAUUUAUUAUAAUAUUCUGUAAUCAAUUUUAAAGGACCUAGUAUAUUUCCAGGAAUCUGCAUUAAGCUAAUAACGCACUUUAAAACUGUGGAUUA